ACUGAUAAAUGUCAAAAAAGUAACAGAGUCGUAAUGGCUGAAGAAAAUGACAACCACUCAAAACCUCCGAUAAAUUUAAUCAACGAUGACUUGUUCGAGCUAAAAUGCCUGAUUAAAGCAUCCGGAAUCACCCAAAGCGCGCACUGUCAGAUAGGCCGAAAGCAGCUCCUAGCCUUCACCACUCUCCACACGGACAUUGGACUCUACUAUCAGCCGGAGGGUAAUAAGCAGUCAGUGAUUAAAAGGAUACCAUGGUACCGAGCUCCAAACCGCACGAUAGCAGCUCUUUGCUUCGACCCAACAGGCUCCUGGCUACUCACCGCAACUGAAGGGGAGAUAAUUUUCGUGAACCUCGAAACCGGGCAGUGGAUCGACUCGACGCGGGUCAACGGGAGUAUUUCAAGCCUCUGCAUCUGCAAGGACAACCACCUGGAGAUCGUAUCACUCUUAGUAACCUCGAAGACUCACCAGCAGUGGCGCAUGAUUCUCGAACAGCGUGCGAGCUGCGUGUUUCCCUCCAACCCGCGUACGAGCUCUUCAUUUCACAGCAGGUACGACGAAGAGGCCAAGACACCUCCCAGGUCGCGGCUCCAGGGUCUCAAGCAGCUGUCCGUCGAAAAGCUGGCAAUCAUCAGACAGAAGCUAGCAGAGUCUCGGAACAAAAACACCGCAAAUCGCCGCGACAGCGGAAGUAGCAGCGGCACUGACGAGUUGGAGGCAUCUCCGAAGCUUCAGCCCCGAAACCGGGACACCUUGAUCCUGGAGCCGCUGCUGGAGGAUAUCUACCUGUCCCCACAGUACACCAGGCAGGGCCAGCACCUUUACACGGCUUACUGCGCGAGCUCCAAUCACAUCACGAUCCACGGUCCGGAUAUUUCAGUGGUGCCCAACUUUAUGUACAAAAUGCCGAAUGUCUGUCCGGAUAUUCUGCUGACCCUCCAGUUGUUCUUCGUGAUCGAGCCGCUGCGUAAGUCGCUCUGGGUCGUGUCCUCCAAGCUCUCCAAGACCAAAAUUGGCGAUGAAACUGAUUACAACCAGGAAGCAACAGUCUCCAAGUUCAAAUUUGAGGACACUAGAGAAUUAAUAAAGUCGGUUUACCGGUCCACAGAAUCCGAGGACACUGACAGUCUCACCAGAGGAAGCAGCAGCGAUUCCAAAGAAGAUAAAUCCGGUUUGCCCAGUAAAAUAGAUGAUCUCAAUAUAAAAUUACCACUAAUAGAUACUUGUAUGAUAGUAACUAAUUACGGUGUAUAUAAAGUUGUUUUAAGAAAACCACUGCUGAACAUCUUCAUCGAACUGGCAUUAAAAAAGCGGAAGGCUGACAUUGAAAAAGCAGCGCGUCUUGGCUUAGUUUUCGGGCUGGACGUCCCCCAGCUCUUCGAAGCCGCUGGCGACAUUCACCUGACCAACAACCGGUUCACUGAAGCAGCGGCACUCUACAAACUUUCACGCUGCCGCUUAUUGAAAGGAGUCUUGAAAACAGCGGCUAUAGGACACACUGCUAAGCUCCUGGGCUGCUUGACUCACUGUUUAACCCCUCCAGCGGUCUCAGAGUUGACCACGACUAUCAGGAUCCACCUGUCGAACCUCACUGUCUUCGCAUUCAGCGAGCUGAUCCUCAGGGCAUCGCACCAGGAGUCAAAGUCGCUGUACAAAAAAUUCCUAGCUUUUUUAUCGAAAAAUACCUUGUAUGAUGAACGAUGGGUGGUUGAUGUCGUAGGACAGACCUGUCUUUGGAAGGUUUUGCAUCACCUGGCGACCCAAAGAGGUCUUUAUACGCAAGUCUGCGAGGUCUUGAUAAAAACAGUCCAGCCUUACAACCCUGUGAGCAUAACCAACACUCCUUUGAGCACAAAAUAUGGACUUUUGAUCUGCAUAAGUGAGCCCAGCUUGCUCCAAGCGAUGCUUGCUGCCCCAACACUGGCCAAAAGUCACACCUUAUUUGUACUAUCAAACCUCUCGGAGUUCCCAGCGUUUGUUCUCCAGCGACUGGUGACUCUCUACGACCCAACGAACCCAGUUUUUCGUACUCUGCUGGUCCGGUACCGCGCGAGACGUCGCACUACCUCCCACGGCUCCCAAUCCAGCCAGUGCGACUCUUUGGACUCCUCAGACAUGCUCGAAGAAUCCGGGUCUUUUGUAGACGAAAUUUUAGAAACAUUUAUCUUGAUCCUCCUGACGUUGAUCAGCAAACGCACGUCAAUUUUGAAGCACAACCCGGGGCUGGUUGCUCGAACGACUCUUCCAGGAAUAGAAAAGCGUUUCACAGACCCCACACCUCACAUCGACUUCAAACGAAGAUUACUAACAGCCGGGUACGGCCACGUGGCUCUGAUAAGAAACGGGUGUGUUUACACCUGGGGAAGUUCUGCACAAGGCUGUCUGGGUACCGGGCCGACUGUGUCUCGCUACGGGCUUCCUCAAGCGAUCACUGUCUUCAAGAACCUCGAGAUGGAAGUCUUGAGCGUGUCUUGCGGACGCUGUCACACUUUAGCAGUGACCAACAACGGCGUCUACGCCUGGGGAGGGAGCCAGUUCGGGCAGCUGGGACUCGGGCGUUUGCUCCAGACUCCCAGUCCCGAGAUGAUCGUCUCCUUGGCCCAGGAAAUAAUCGUCGACGCAGUGGCGGGUCAGUAUCACUCGGUAGCUCUGACUAUGGACGGUCGAGUCUUCACCUGGGGCUGGGGAGUCCACGGGCAGCUGGGUCACGGUGAUACUCUGCAGAAAAACACCCCAACAGUUGUUUCUUCUCUCCUAGGGACUAUUAUCCGCGGAGUCGCUGCUGGACACGCGCAUACCCUGGCUCUGUCUGCUGAAGGUCAGGUCUACGCCUUCGGGUGCAACAUUUUUGGACAACUCGGCACUGGGAACAAUGUUAAGUCCUCAGUGCCUGCUGUGAUUAAUCUUCUGCCCGAGCCGAUGGUAGAUAUCGCCUCCGGGUACUUUCACAACCUCGCUGUCAGUGCGACGAACAAACUCUACACCUGGGGGUCCAGCCCUCAGGUUCUGAGACUGCAAACUCAGGCCCAGAAGAAGACCAAGAUGAUGGAGUUCCAAGCAGCUGCUGAAAAAUACGCGGAGAGCCUUGAAGAUUUUGAGGCGAUUGAUGAUGAAGCUAAUGAUAAAUUGUCUUCUAUUGAGAAGUUGGCUAUCAAAACUGUCAAUGAGAGAAAAUUACUUUGCCCGAAUGUCCCCAAGACAAUAAGCCUGAGGGAUAUUAAUUUGGGACUUCUGGAAGAAGCACAGACCCACUUGAAGCCGGUUGUUGUUGAUACUAGCUUAGUUAAUGGGAGGAUUGUUCAGAUUUCUACAGGGUGUCAUCACUCGUCUCUGCUGACCAAGGACGGGACUGUCUACACCUGGGGGAGGAAUUUCGACGGGCAGAUCGGGAACGGGACUCGCAAAGACGUUCCUAUCCCCACGGCGUUGCUCUACAAUCCGGUUUCAGUCCUCGCUCCUCCGCCGAGAAACUCGGAGAAUUAUGAAGAGAGCAGUAAGAGGGUCAUUAAAGCGGUACGUGUGUGCUGCGGGUGUGAAUUUACCGUCGCGAUCCAACCUGGCGGGACUGUCCUGGCCUGGGGCUCCUACAGCUCUGCCCAGCUUGGAAGACCUCCCAGCAAGGAAGCCAAUAGCGGCAACGCGGAGAAACUUGUCUUGAUAAAAUCCUCCAAGAGGGUCGUCCGACUUCCUCAUGGCGCUCACGUGGUCCAGGACACCCCUAGUCAAGUGCCAAAUAUUCCUACGCCGAUUAUCACUUACCAGAGCUACGACGUUACUCCUCUGGCAGGCAGAGUUCGUUCUUUGAGUCUUGUGGAGAAAACCUACGGGGAAUUGACUCUACAUUAUGUUCUUGAACAGUUUAACGGACUGUACGACGCUGCUAAAAUCAUGGACAAGUGCGAUGAGCUCGGGAACUAUCAGGCCAGGUCUAAGCUAGCUUUGCUAGAGCAGAAUUAUUCUAUCGCUCUGGCGUAUCAGCUCAAGACUGUUAAUCCUGAGUACUACAUGCGACAUGACUUCCAGGGUAAUGAAAUCAAUCAGAGUAAAGUGACUUCCAGGGAGGUUAAUAAAAAAUUUAGGGAUAAUAUUGAGUUGUUUGACAAGCAGGUGGAAAAAAAUUUGGUUGAAACUAUCGAGGAGUGCGAGGAGAAGAAAAAAAUGAAGAUGUCUAUCAGUAGAUCACUGGACAGCAUCAUUGUUGUUGAAGAACUUCACACUUUUGACUGUCAAGGUGGAUCUGAGGACUUGUGUGAAGACACCAAGAGCGAAGAUAUCUCUCUGGACCUCACUGAGGACGCCCUGGAUGAUAAUGAAGCUUUAAGGGAUAAAAAUAUAAAUAUUAAUCUUCCUAAUAAUAAUAAUAAUAAUAAUAAUAAUAAUAAUCAAGAAAAUUUAAACCAGAGCCAGGAAAAAAAUUUAAAGUUGGAUAAUUUGGUAAAUGACGCUUCAAAUGUAAUUAAAUUUUACAUAAAUGAAAUAGACGAAGGCGCUCAAAAAAUAAUGCGACAAAUUUUGAUGACUGUCUUUGAUUUCUGGAUAAAAAACCACCUGCCGAUGGAGUGUCUGGAGAAGAUACUGCUGGAGCACAUCAACAAACUCUACUACUCGCUAGGUCUUCUGGUUUUUUGUCAGAGUCAGCUGAAUGAAGAGGACACCAACAAAAAUGAGUUCAUGAUAAUAAAUUAUGUUUCUACAAACUUUUGCCUCCAGGUUUGUCAGAUGCUGCUGCAUCACAUAGACACUGGCAAACCAGCGUUGGAGUACAUUGAAUUGCUCUCGCUGCUGACUGCGAAAAAUUACGGGCCUGUGGGGUACGCCAAAGAGGGAAAGACUCCCGAGCAGAUGAUGGAGGGGAUCAUCAGCGCAAUCUCCACGAAAUCCAGCGACCCCAGACCUUUUAUUCACAUUAAGGAUCCUGAAAAGGUAUCCAGGUUCCUGGAGGCUGAAGAGGAGACCAUUGUCUUCACGUGCGGUCACCAUUUUCCCAUGUCCAUUUACCAGUCAGAAGUUAUUCCCAGUAUGGAAGCAGAGCUGCUGAUGAGUCAGCCACUCUCUUUACCUUGUACUGCUCAAACGUUGGGCAAUAUGUUGAGCCGAGUUUGUAAAAUGGAAAUCAUGUGUCCUCGAUGCGUUCCUAGGGCCAUACAGAACGCGGUUAAGAAUCUCAUGGAUAGGUAG